AUGGUGGGUAGAAGGAAGAAAACUAAAAUUUGUGACAAAGGGUCAAGUCAAGGAUCACAGGAAGAUAGAAUAAGCCAAUUACCAGAUCAUUUGAUAUAUGAGAUUCUUUAUUAUCUUACCACAAACGACGCUGUUAGGACAAGCGUAUUAUCCACAAGAUGGACAAGUCUUUGGAAAUGUGUUCCUGGAUUGGACUUAGACUACCGAGAAUUCUCGAGUUUCAAUGCCUUGUUGAGUUUCUUUAACAGCCUUUUUGAUAUCCGCAGAGAGUCAUCAUGGAUACGCAAAUUCCAGUUACAUAUGAAUGUUGAUUUUGUUGAUGCCGCCGGUGAUGACGUCUCCUUGUGGAUUGAUUUUUUAACUAGGCAUAAUAUUCAACAUCUUGAUCUUCAUUUUGGAAAUGCAUACUUUUACCUGUCUGUGCCAACAAAGAGACCAUUGAGCAUAUAUACCUGCAAGACACUACUACACUUACGACUCUUUGGGGCCAACUUGGCUAAUGCCGAGUUUGUUUCCUUACCUUGUCUGAAGACCAUCCAUUUAGAAUAUGUUAUAGUUCCCAACGAGGCCACUUUGGAGAAACUUAUCUCAGGCUCUCCGGUUCUGGAAGAUUUAACCAUCAUCACUUGUCGCUUUAAUAAGCCGUUGUCAGAUGUUUUACAGGUGCGCUCUCAGACGCUAAAGAGAAUCCACACAGAUCUGUCUGCUACUCAAGUUGUGAUCGAUGAUGCUCCACUACUCCAGUUUUUGAGGGUUCAUGAGGUUAACUUUACAAAAUGUAGCUUUAAGAUCAUUUGUCCGGGUUUCUCUGCAAAAGUACACAUUGAUGCCCACUUUCGCCGUGCUUUUGAUCCAUGGAUCUAUCUCUACCCAAUUUUUCUUUUCGUUUUUUUGGGUACUUACUACAAAUACUCGAAAGUAGAACCACUGCCCCAGUUUUCGUGCAUGUCACGUCUCUGUGUUAGUCUCUGUGUAUGCGGCUUAAGAUGGUUGCCAACUUUUCUUGAGAGCGCCCCGAAUCUGAAAUCCCUCUUGGUGAUGAAGGUAGCCAAAUCAAUUCUUAUAAGCCUUUACAUAUACCGGAAAUCGGGAUGUUACAGUAACGAUGAGGAGAGGGAUCAAAUAAGUUUUUCGGCUGUGCACCCCAAGUGUUUGUUAUCGUCGCUCGAGUUUGUUGAUAUCCAAACAAGGAUCCCGAAAGAUGCUACAGAAAUGAAACGAGUAAGGUACUUGCUAGAUAACUCGGCAAUCCUCAAGAAACUCACGCUACGAUUGGAUUCUCAUCCGACAAAACAUGACGUCUACAAAGAACUCCUCAGAAUCCCAAUACGCUCUGUCACAUGUCAAGUCCUCGUUCUUUGA